CCACUGCCCUGGAGCCGGCAAAACGAGACCCCGGAACAAAUCGUGGUCUUAAACCAGACCAUCUAAAACCCCAGCCUCGGCAGAAAGGACAGAGGAGCGGCUCCUCCAAAAUCCAAUUUGGUUCGUCGACAAGAUAACAACUUAUCUUGGAUUUUCUGACGAUCCAUUUUAUUCAACGGGCAGCUAAAAUUCUUGCCAACAUAAUUGUGGCAGGAUCUGCUAUUUUUGGGAGGGCUCUUUUUCAAGCUUACCGCCAAGCACUUGCAAUUGCAUCAACUAUAACAUCAGUACCCCAACAGUAAACUAUAACUGGAAAAUGGCCAUAGCUUCAAUUCCUCUGCGUCUCAACUGUUCUUCAAAAUUUUGGACUGUUAAUCAAUGGAACUUCCAGUUACGAGAGGCUGUAAACCAAAAUCAUGCCCACGAAGUCCUUCACCUCUUUCGCCAAAUGAAACAAAGCAGUUUUCUGCCAAACAACUUGACCUUUCCCAUCAUAUCCAAAGCCUGUGCCAAGCUUUCCAAUCUCAAAUGCUCUCAAAUGGUCCACACUCAUGUCGUAAAAUCCCCAUUUUGGCCAGAUGUAUUUGUACAAACAGCUAUGGUUGAUAUGUAUGUCAAAUGCCAGCGAUUAGACUAUGCACACAACUUGUUUGAGAGAAUGCCUAGAAGAGAUGUUGCAUCUUGGAACGUGAUGCUAGGGGGUUUUGCCCAUUUGGGUUUGCUUGACAGAGUGUUGGGUUUUUUCCGUGACAUGAGGUUUUCGGGGAUUCAGCCAGAUUUGCUCACAGUUAUUGAAGUAAGUCGGGCUGUAUCAUGUGCUGAUGACUUGAAUUUGGUGAAGAGCAUUCAUUCUUUUGGCAUUCGGAUUGGGAUAAGUGGUGAUCUUUCAAUUUCUAACACUUGGAUUGCUGCAUAUGCUAAAUGUGGUGACUUGAGCUUGUCAGAAUUAGUGUUUCAUGGAAUUAAAGAGGAAUCGAGGUCUGUUAUAUCAUGGAAUUCUAUGAUUGAAGGGCAUGCAAACAUUGGUAACUUCCUUAAUACUUUAAAGCUUUACAAAUCAAUGCUGUGUGGUGGAUUUAGGCCUGAUAUAAGCACCAUUCUUAGCCUGUUGUCAUCAUGUGUGCAACCUGAGGCCCUCCUCCAAGGUAGUUUGAUUCAUUCUCAUGGAAUCCAGUUUGGUUGCAAUUCUGAUAGAUCUGUGAUUAACACUCUUAUAUCCAUGUAUUGUAAGUGUGGAGAUAUUGAUUCAGCUAGGUAUUUAUUUGAAUGCACAUCGAACAGGACAUGUGUUACGUGGACUAUUAUGAUUAGUGGGUAUGCUGGGAAAGGGAAUAUGGCUGAAGCAUUGACAUUGUUUAAUGCCAUGGAAGCAGCUGGUGAGCAUCCUGAUUUGGUUACUGUGCUUUCUCUUAUUUCAGGUUGUGGCCAAACAGUGGCACUUGACCUUGGAAAAUUGAUUGAAAAUUAUGCUAAUUUUAAUGGACUGAAAGAUAAUAUAGUAGUUUGCAAUGCUCUGAUAGACAUGUAUGCAAAAUGUGGGAGUGUUUAUGAUGCUCAACGCCUCUUUAAUGGCAUGUCCUAUAGAACUGUUGUAUCUUGGACAUCUAUGAUUGCUGCUUGUGCUAUGAAUGGAGAAUUUGAAGAAGCUUUGGACCUUUUUAACGUGAUGCUGGUUUCAGGAUUAGAACCAAACCACAUAACGUUCCUUCAUGUCCUUCAAGCAUGCAAUCAUGCAGGUUUCCUGGAAAAAGGAUGGGAGUUUUUCAACAUGAUGAGUAGCAUUUAUAUGAUAAAUCCUGGAUUAGACCAUUACUCUUGUAUGGCAGAUCUACUUGGACGUAAAGGAAAGCUGAACGACACAUUGGAGUUUCUUCGGAAAAUGCCGGUCAAACCUGAUGCUGCCAUGUGGAGUGCAUUACUUGGUGCUUGUAAGAUUCACCACAACGUAGAGAUCGGAGAGUGUGCUGCUCAACACCUUUUUGAGUUGGAGCCAGAUGAGGCUGCUCCAUAUGUGGAGUUGGCCAACAUAUAUGCAUCAGCAGGAAUGUGGGAUAGAGUAGCAAGAACAAGAAUGAUGAUGAAAUCUCAUAAGAUGAGGAAGUCUCCUGGACAAAGCGUUGUCCAGGUGAAUGGUGUAUCUCAUGCUUUUAUGGUUGAGGAAAGAAGUCAUCCUGAUGUUGUACAAAUAUAUGAAGCUUUGGAUAGUCUAAAGUUGCAAUCAGAAAAAAGGUCCCCACUCUAUAUGGAUGGAAUGCCGGAGAAGGACUUGGAAUAAAGUCAUGGAGUUUUGCUUGUGAAAGUUACAGGACUUGAAAUUUCUACAAUGGAAUUCAUUUUGCCAAAUCGAAUAAAAUUGAUAAUGACACCAUAGAGUGUCUCUUUGAUAUUGAGGAGGAGAUGAUGAUCCUAAAUUUGGUUAUCUGACCUCUUUGGAAGUGAAUGCAAUGGUGACGAGAGACAAGUGAUGUACUGAAGGACUUUCUUCAAAAUUCACCUAUCCUUGAAUCUCUUGUUGUUCAGAAGGUUUUCUGUGAAUUUGAUUGGGAGUUGGAUGAACUUGAGGAGUUCACUGAUAAUCUUAUCAAGGAGGAGGAAUUGUCUGAAGAUCAGAAAGAUGCUUUUAAGAAUUUUGUUAAAGAGAAAGUUCGUGAAGCAAAGAAAGCAAAUCGAGAGGCAAGAGAGGCCAGGAAGAAAGCCCUUCAAAAAAUGAGUCAGGAAACUAAGGCCGCAUUUGAAAAUAGGAGUUUUAAUAAGUUCUAUCCUGUAUCUACUCCAGAUUCACCUAAUGUGUCAAAGGUUAAGUCUCCCUUUAUAAACAGGUAAUAUGGGAAGGCUCAUGAGGUCCUGUGAUGGGCUCAUUGAACUGUGUUGAUAUAGGAUAGAUUUAGGGUUUUAGGCAUCUUUGUAUAUCAAACAUGACAAAAUUGUUCAGAAGGCAUGCUGCUGCUGCCCCCUACUUAUGUUUCCUUGAUCAGUCAAGGUGAGAAAGAUGCAAACAUGCAGUUUCAUGAGAUUUAGAUGAACUCAUUGCUUGUCUAAUUAUUCCUUCUCUUAAAUAAAUUUAUGCCUGUGAUCCCUUCGAGCUUCAGGUGCUCAAA